GAUGGAAUACCCAAAAGGUCUCAUCAACGUGACACCUUUUCUGAAGUACAUACCUCUCUUUUUUCUGGGAGUGUGCUACGGCCUUUUGUGUCCACAGCCGGAGAAGCAGCUCUUUUGCAGCUGACAACAAUCAACCACCCCAACAGACCCUAAACAGCGAAGGAAUGAGCUUUAGCUUGGAGAAGCUCAACAAGGGGCUCACCCGACUUGCCAGUGUGCGUUCCUAUCCCGCAGCGAAGAAGCAGUACGUCGCCAAGAACACAAAGGGCCGCGUCUUUCGCAUCGGCGUGCUGCACAGGACGGAGAUCACAGAAGGCAUACUGCAACGCAAUCGGCGUGGCUUCAUCAACGCACAGCUCAACACCGUCGCCCACGCUCCCUCGCUGUAUCACUGGCUGUUUCACCGCUGUGGUAUCCCGUUUGCGGAGACGCAGGUGCUCACCAAGAGUGGCGGGCUGAAGGUGGAUGAUGUGGUGGUUUCCAGCACGAACGACCUGGAGAGCCAGCUGAGCUGGGAGACUUUCCAACAGCUGGACAUCCAAGUCCGCUCUUCCUUGCCGGCGUUGCAAAGGGCGACAACGGAAUCGAACAGCAAGGGGGGGACGAGCGGUUUGGACACGGUGGCGCCGACGCCAAAUGAGGGUCCAUGGGUGCCAGCGCUGAAGCGGGCCCUGCACCGCAGCUACCACUUCAUGUAUCUCCGCCCAGGCAUCUCCAUCUCCUCCGAAGAAUCGGACCCGCGCAGCUUCGUGCACCGCCUGGCGCCGUCCAUGGGAGCCGACCCCGCCGCUCUGCUCGGGCUGAACAUUCUGCGCCCCAUCGGGUACUUGAACGGCAUGAAGGGCAUCGGCAUCACCACGAACGACGUGUCGAUGGUGCGCUACUGGAACAACGAGUCGCUCGGCAACUUUGGUGUGUACGAUGUGCGUUUCCCGCGUGGGACGCCGCCGGAGGUGCUGCAGCGCGCCGCACGGGAGCUGGAGUCGGUGUUGCAGGAAACUGUGCAGACGCAGAUGCCGAUGGAUGUGGGGGUGACGUGCUCGUGUUUGCGCUGUCCUCCUCCGCCGCCAUCACGGGAUGUGGUCGCCUCGCAUCUUUUUCCCUCCGUUCCGUUGCUUGUAGAGGAGCGCCUGCUGGUCACAACGCCGCUCUUUCCGUAUCGCAUGGUGCGUAAACUGCGCAAGAACGGCGCUUUCAUCUCCCUUGUGCGCAGUGGACCCUUUGUGCUGCAUGCAUCGCUUGUCAGUCAGCAAAUUCGACCGUUCAACGCUGCAGAGCUGGCGCUUCUCUUUACCUUUGAGCGGCGCUUGAAGACGAACCGCAUGGUGUUGAGUCUGCGUGAAUUUGACGCGUAG